UCGAUCAAACAGCAUUAGACUGAGACACUGAAAUAUCACCUUCUCCAAAUCUCUCACUCUCACAUUUCUCUCUCCGCCCAUCGUCGGAAAAUUCUCUCCUCCCAAUGGAAGAAGACCAACCGCCGCCGCCACCGCUGUCGAGAAGUUAUACAUUAACAACGUCAUCCAUAUCCUACGCAAAAUCGACCACCGCCACCACGGCCUCGCCGUACAAUUGGCUCAAAUCCUGUACCGCCGCUGAACCCACCUACAUUCUCCGAGACAUCUCAUUCACAGCGCAUCCUUCUCAAAUUCUCGCCAUUGUCGGCCCAAGCGGCGCCGGAAAAUCCACCCUUCUUGAUAUCCUCGCCGCUCGAACCACCCCGACUCAUGGCGCCGUUCUUCUCAACUCCUCCACUCUGAACCUUUCCACUUUCCGCAAACUCUCCACCUACGUUCCUCAACACGACGCCUGUCUCCCUCUCUUAACCGUCUCCGAAACAUUCGCCUUCGCCGCCCGCCUUCUCCUCCCUAGUAAAUCCCAAAUCCAGGCCACUGUCGACUCCCUUCUCGCCGACCUCCGCCUCACCCACGUCGCCAACACCCGCCUUAUCUCCGGCCUCUCCGGCGGCGAACGACGGCGCGUCUCAAUCGGCCUCAGCCUCCUCCACGACCCCGCCGUUUUACUCCUCGACGAACCCACCUCCGGCCUCGACAGCGCCUCCGCCUUCAAUGUAAUAUCGACCCUUAAAUCCAUCUGUUUGGCCCGUUAUCGGACGGUGGUGCUUUCGAUUCACCAGCCGAGCUUCCGGAUUUUGUCGGCCAUUGAUAGGAUUCUUUUGCUCUGUAAAGGGUGUGUGAUUCAUCAUGGGACUCUUUCGACUCUUGAGAGUUUUUUGGUUUCGAAGGAAUUUUCAAUUCCUCCGCAGCUUAAUCCAUUGGAAUUCGCCAUGGAAAUUCUGAACCAGCUUACCCCUUCUUCUAAUUCUAGUUCGAUUCCUUCCUCUGAUUCCGCCAUUGUCGCGCGCUCCAACGAUGAAGAUGAUCAAAUCAAAUACAGGAGCUCCAGAUUACAUGAAAUCUUCACCCUCCAUUGGAGAUUUUGGGUCAUCAUUUUCAGGACGAGGCAGCUGCUUUUUACCAACACUUUGGAGGCCCUCAUUGUUGGAAUUGUUUUAGGGACAAUUUACAUAAACAUCGGAAUGGAUAAGGCAGGCAUAGAGAAAAGAUUCGGUCUAUUCGCGUUCACACUAACAUUCCUGCUCUCAUCCACCACCGAAGCACUCCCAAUCUUCCUGAACGAACGCCCCAUCCUCCUCCGCGAAACCUCCGGCGGCGUCUACCGGCUCUCCUCCUACAUAAUCGCCAACACCCUCGUGUUCCUCCCCUACCUCCUCGCCAUCGCCGUGAUCUACUCCGUCUCCGUCUACUUCCUGGUGGGGCUGUGCGCCACGUGGCAAGCCUUCGCAUACUUCGUCCUCGUCGUCUGGGUCAUCAUUCUGAUGGGCAACUCAUUCGUGCUCUUCCUCAGCUCCCUGGCUCCGAACUUCAUCGCCGGCUCGUCGCUGGUGACGGUUCUGCUGGCCGGGUUUUUCCUCUUCAGCGGGUACUUCAUUUCUGAGGAGAGCAUGCCCAGGAUGUGGGUGUUCAUGCACUUGUUGUCCAUGUACAAGUACGCGCUGGACGCGCUGCUGAUAAACGAGUACACGUGUCUGGUCUCUCGGUGCUUUGUUUGGUUGGAGGAGCGGGAGGAGUGUUUGGUUACGGGGGGAGAUGUGUUGGAGAAGAGAGGGCUGGACGAGACGCAGCGGUGGAGGAAUGUUUAUGCUUUGGUGGGGUUUGUUGUGUUCUAUCGUCUUCUUUGUUUGGUUGUUUUGAUUAGAAGGGUUUCCAGGUCUAACAAAUGAUUUCAAUGUUUAGCAAAAGUCUCUAUUUAGAG